AUGGCUGAAGACCGAAGAACGCGAAAUGUAAACGGACAGCAGAAAAUCACGUAUAAUGCGCUCGGGAUUGAGGAUGACGACGCCAGCGACGAAGACUACGUGUUGGAGGCCGUUUCGGAGGAUGAGGAAGAAGAUGAGAACCUUUCCUCUGGCAAAUCAAACGAGGGAAGCACAGCAGCUGCCGCUCCAGCGUUUGGGCCGGCCAAGAUGAUUAAUUCUUGGGAGGAAUUUGAGAAGAUCUUCAAUGCAUACAAGAAGAAGUACAAGCUCAACUUUCGGGUGCGGAGCUCAGAAAAGACGGCUCUUUACAACAGCGCACGUGGCGGCGCAGAGGAAAAUGGACGUGAGGACGCAGCAGCCGAAGCAUUGCCCAAGACCAGGGCUCAAAGCUGA